AUGGGGAGAACGCUUUUGCUUAUUGUACUUGCGAGCAUUGGUACUAUUGUCUCGGUUCCUACUAUGACCACCUCAACAGCAUGCGAUCAACCCACCAAACAUUACACAACGAUGGGAUGCAUCGCAAGUGAACAUAGGAACGAUAGGGGAUGUCCUUUAAGUUAUGACUGCCAUUCUCUGGAGGACCGCCAAAACGACAAGUGUUACCUUUUUGGAAAAGUUUAUUCCAUCGGAGAACAAGUGCCUGGUGAAGAAACGGCUUCUACUUGCACAGCGCUGCAUACUUGUGUGGAUGACGGUCAAGAUCGUGCCUAUUUCAUCUACGCAUACAUGGACUGUAUUGAGAUGAUUCAACCACCAAACGAAAACUGCAUUCUGCAGUACCAACCAAACGUCUGUUGCUCCACUAGCAAAAUCUGCGGGCAAGAUAUAGCACAGCUGGCGACUUGUAACAUCGACGGAAAGUUUUACCACGAGGGCCAACGCAUGCGAACUCCAAGCAAUCCUUGUAGGCAUUGUAUUUGUUCCGUUGAUUUCGAAGCAAGUGACACGGAUUGCAACGAAAAUUGCUACGAAGAAAAGUGCACUUUCGAAAUUCAUUGGACAGAUUCGUUGGCCAAGGGCGCUGCUCCAGUUUACCUGGAUGGUUUCUGUUGUCCUAGUAGUUGGAGACUGCCUGAAGAAACCGAUAAACUAGUAAAAGGUCCAAACAGCUCCAAGGAUACUAGUCUCGAGUGCAAGUAUGGCAACAUAACAUUGAAGGUUGGAGACUCAGUAAACGAUAAGGAUGAUGUUAAUCGAUGCACCUGUACUAUUCCGCCAAUGGUGCAUUGUAGCUAGAAGUGAUGAUCCUACUCGACAAAAUAUAUCAAGCACA